GCGAGUAAAGAAAUUUAACUCAAAUUUACAAACAAGGCGGUCCUUCAAGUCCUAUUAGAGCGGCAGGAACAGUCACAGAACAUGAGCAUGAACAUCAGGAGUAUGAUGGCAGUAACUGUAAGUUGCAGCAUCUCAAUGUUGUCACCAUCUUCUCCUUCUUCACUUCGCGCAUUUCCACUCCUUUCUCCUCCUUCCGCUCUCUGCUCCUUCUCCGGUUUGUCAGAGACUAUGGAUUGUGGUGGUGGUCCAUGUGUGUUUCCGUUGAACCGUUGCAAAACUGUUCACCUGGUCAGGCAUGGACAGGGGAUCCACAAUGUAGAGGGUGAUAAGAACUACAAUGCAUACAUGAACCCUGAAUAUUUUGAUGCACAUCUUACUCCAUUAGGCUGGCAACAGGUUGACAAUUUGCGUAAGCAUGUUCAUGAUUCUGGCCUUAUGAAGAGGAUUGAUCUAGUCAUAGCAUCUCCUUUAUUGAGGACUCUACAAACUGCUGUUGGGGUGUUUGGAGGUGAGGACUACACAGACAGAACAGAUGUGCUACCUCUUAUGGUGGCAAAUGCUGGAAACAGCAAUCGUGCUGCAAUUUCAAGUCUGAAUUGCCCACCAAUUGUUUCUGUUGAACUUUGUCGGGAACAUUUGGGAGUUCAUCCCUGUGAUAAAAGAAGAAGCAUCAGCGAGUAUCAAUUUCUAUUUCCUGCAAUUGAUUUUUCAAUGUCUCUUUUAUUUUCUUUUCAGAUAGACAGUAAUGAGGAUACUUGGUGGAAGGCUGAUGUUAGAGAGACAAAGGAAGAACUUGCAGCCAGAGGGCUGAAGUUCAUGAACUGGUUGGGGACAAGAAAAGAGAAGGAAAUAGCGAUUGUGACGCAUAGAGCAUUUUUGUUUCAUACUCUAAGCGCAUUUGGAACUUAUAGCCACCCCUUGGCAAAGAAAGAAUUAUCAAAGCACUUUGCCAACUGCGAGCUUCGCUCCAUGGUCAUUGUUGAUUGUGUGACAGGAUAGGAUGCAUUAACCACAGAAAUAUGAGGCAAGAUGCCUUCAGGGAUGGACUUCUCCUCUAGUGAUGUUGCGCAUGAGAACGCCGACAAAAGAGGUUCUGUAGAUAUUUUCAUCGUGACUCUCAGGAAAUCUAGCAUGAUUAUUUCAAAUUUUACAAAUUAUGCUUCGCUUGAAAUUGCUAUGAUUGUCUGCAGCAAGAAAUAUUUUAUGAGAAACAUUUGUCCAACAAAGUAAUCUCGUAACUCACGGAUCUCAGUUAUUACAAUUACAGCAAAGUUGAAUAUCAUAGGUUGUGAUUGGAUCA